AUGGAGUCGCAAAACUUGCAGGCUGCGUCGACCUAUGUCAACAAUAUUUUGCUGGCAAGGGGUCUGCUGAAAGGUGGCCGUGCGAUCGAUUUCGCAGACCCCGAAAACGAAGAUGGAGGGACCGAUGCAACAAUGGCUCGUGUGAUCAAUCUGGUGAACGAUUUGGUUCUGAGACGAGAUCGCGAGUCUGAACACCGCGAAAGCUUGUCUACCACCAUCCGAACCCUCCAGGCGACCGAGGCGGAGCAGACUAACGAGAUUGGAAAACUGAAGACGAAAACAUCGGAAAUGACUCGUUCACUAGCUCUGGCGGAGGCGCAGGAGCGCACCCUCAAAUCGAAUGUUUCCAGCGCCGAAGCGACCAUCCGCGGAAUGAAGGAACAAGUCCAGCGCAUGAAGAGUACGGUCACGCAAGUGCGCGCGCAAUGCGCCAAUGAUAUCCGCAAGCGCGAUCUGGAGAUGCAAAAGCUCAAAUCGCAUCUGGCCGAUAGACAACGAGGCAAGCGCGAAGGCCUGGGUGUGACGACCAUCAACAUCAACCCCACAGCUGACCGGUCGCGUCUCGGUGCGAGUGGUGGAGACCGAAUCAAUGACCCCGGCUAUAGCUUGAAGCAGGAGACGACCGACUUUUUGACGGAAUUGUGUCAGAAUCUUAGUGACGAGAAUGAUACUUUGAUUGAGCUUGCGCGAAACACCGUUCACACUUUGAAGGAUUUGCAGGGCUUACCGCAGGCGGAAGCUACACAGGAAGCUGAACCAGCUGGAAUGGGUGCAAGCGUGAUACAGAAGCCCGCUACUGUCACUUCACUGCCAACCUCCUGUGAGGAACUUUCUGUUCAUAUGGAGACUGUGCUUGAUCACCUACGGACAUUGCUUACCAAUCCCUCGUUCGUUCCUCUGGAGGAAGUUGAGGUCAGAGAUGAGGAAAUCAAACGACUGCGAGCAGGCUGGGUGAAGAUGGAAAGCCGGUGGACGCAAGCAGUGACUAUGAUGGGAGGCUGGCAACGCCGCCUUGCAGACGGCGGAUCUUCCAUCCAAGCGGAAGAGUUAAAACAUGGCAUGAACCUCGACCUCAGCAUCAACUCGGCUGGGGACACGAGUAUGCAGAGUGCUGACUCCAACUCUAUACCAACAAUCCUUGAGGACCAGGAUGAAGAGCAAGAUUCACAUGAUCCGGAACCUGAUACAGAACAAAAAGCACCAGAGCCCGAAAUCUCGAAUCCCAGGACUAGGACAAAGAUCCGCAAAGUACCCGAACGGCCUGACCGUGUUUUGAGAGAACGCAACGACAACAGCAUGGCCAAACGCCCCCGGAAAGUAUCGUUCACCCCGGGCCUACAGGGCUCCCCUGCCGUGGAGAACGUGGAAGACGAGACACUGGAGAUGAAAGCCCUCAAAACAGAGAAUGUGACUCGCAGACCAACGAGGCGAAAGACGAACUCGAAAGAAACCCACCAGGUAUGCCUUGACGACCACCCCCAAGGAUUCCCGCGGACUAAUCUUUCCCAGCUCAACAAGGAAUCGCUGAGCGUGCAACAAAAGCUAGCGGCUGUUGAGGAUGAAGCUCGAGCAGCUCAAAGUGAGCGAAAAGAGCGCGAAUCUCGAAAGAGAAGUCAUCCAGACAAGGCAUCCAGGCCGCCCAACCGCCGCCGGAGCACACUCACUACUGACGAGCUUGACGAUCUGAUGGGCGUGGCCCGGUAA